AUGGCCGUCACCGAUGAAUGGCCGGUCAAGGACGUAGGUAUUCUGUUUUUGUCGCCUGCCAUGCCCCUCUUGAAGACCAUUCAGAUCGUCUACACGUCCAUCGUCGGCCUUGUCAUGAUGAUGGCCUUUUUGGAAUGGUUUCUCUGGUUGUCAGCCUUCAUGUAUUGCCUGUACAAAGUCUUUCGGAAAGCCGAGCACUGGUCCAUCAGAGUGCUCUGCGUACUCGUUGGCCUCGCCUUUGGAGUUCUUCGGUUCAUCUUCCUGCCCAUCAUGGUCGUGACCCUGCCGCUACCCAGCCAAGUCUCGAGUUAUUGGCCUCCUGCCGUCGUCUCCUUCCUCCAGUGGUUCGCCUUCUGGAGCUUCGCCGUUCUCCUUACCGUCCCCUGGCUCUUCUGCAUAUACCAGCUCGUCACCAACCAGCUCGGCCGCACGAAACGCAUCAAGAGCGUCCUCGACGACGUGACGGCCCCCAAGAUUGUCAUCGUCAUGCCUUGCUACCGUGAAGAACUCGAUGUCCUCAUCACGGCCAUCAACUCGGUCGUCGACUGCGACUAUCCGGCCGCCUGCAUUCACGUCUUUCUCUCCUUUGACGGCGACCAAGUGGAUGAGCUCUACGUCAGCACGAUUGAGAAGCUCGGCGUUCCCAUGGCCAUGGGCACCUAUCCCAGAAGCAUAGAUGUCACCUACAGGGCCGCGCGCAUCACCGUGUCCCGCUUUCCCCACGGCGGCAAGCGACACUGCCAGAAAUCGACGUACAAGCUGAUCGACAGGGUGUACGCGCAGUACCUCAAAAGGAACGAUAACCUCUUCAUCUUGUUCAUCGACUCGGACUGCAUCCUCGACAAAGUCUGCCUCCAGAACUUUGUCUACGACAUGGAACUGAGCCCCGGAAACACAAGGGACAUGCUCGCCAUGACGGGCAUCAUCACGUCGACGACGCGGAAGCACAGCGUAAUCACUCUGCUUCAGGACAUGGAGUACAUCCACGGCCAGCUGUUUGAGCGCACGGUCGAGUCGGGAUGCGGUGCCGUCACCUGUCUCCCGGGGGCGCUGACGAUGCUCCGCUUCUCCGCCUUCAGGAGGAUGGCGAAGUAUUACUUCGCGGACAAGGCAGAGCAGUGCGACGACCUCUUCGACUUUGCCAAAUGCCACCUCGGCGAGGACCGCUGGCUCACACACCUAUUCAUGAUCGGCGCCAAGAAACGUCAUCAGAUCCAGAUGUGCACGUCGGCCUUUUGCAAGACCGAGGCCGUGCAGACCUAUCGUUCCCUGGUUAAGCAACGGCGUCGAUGGUUCCUCGGCUUCAUCACCAACGAAGUCUGCAUGCUCACCGACUGGCGGCUGUGGAAGCGGUACCCGACGCUCAUCGUCGUCCGCUUCAUGCAAAACACCAUUCGAACGACGGCCCUGCUGUUCUUCGUCAUGACCGUCGCGCUCCUGACGUCGGUGGCCAGGCUCGACAACUUGCCCGUCGGCUUCAUCGCCGUUUCCUUGGGCCUCAACUGGCUCCUCAUGCUCUACUUUGGCGCCAAGCUGCGUCGCUUCAAGAUCUGGCUCUACCCCGUCAUGUUCGUCCUCAACCCUUUCUUCAACUGGUACUACAUGGUCUAUGGCAUCUUCACCGCCGGCCAACGAACAUGGGGCGGCCCUCGAGCGGAUGCGGCGGCGGCCGACAGCAACACCACCGCCCGAGAGGCGGCCGAGAAGGCAGAGGCCCAGGGCGAUGAGCUCAACGUCGUGCCAGAGUCAUUCAAGCCUGCCCAAGAGGCGCGGAGAGCGGCUAGCAAGAGGGGAUCGUCGGUGGGCCAGGAUGCCCUCGGCCGCAAGAAGAGCGUCGUUCGGCCGCCCGACACCAUCGACGGCAAGUUCUCCGCCCGACAGAGGAUGGCGACCGGCGUGUACGCCCAUCCCGACGAGACGGCGAGGGCCGAUGCGGCAAUGACGACGGCGUCGUCGGCGCAACCUUCCUGCUGGGUCGGCGACUGGCAUGAUUCCCUUGACAGCCUGAGCCUGACCUCGAGCAGAAUCGACGAGAAGCCGGCGUACGUGGCGGUCUCGAUGGACAGGUAUAUGGGAGACGAGGAUCGACGCAAGUACGAAAUCGCCCAGCAGGCCCAGCUCCAUCGCGACGAGUGA